AUGUGGAUCGUGCUUCAUCUGCUGCUCCUGCUCCAACGUGGAGGCAAGUCCAUGCUCACUUCCAAUGGAGACGGCUUCAUACUCAUGGACAGGAGUUCAAUUUGUCUUUCACCCUUUCCAGAACCAGAACAUUCUGUGUCUGUUGUCUCUGAAGUCCAACCAGGACAGCCUGUGAAGUUCCAGUGCUCAGUCCUCUCCCAGUCUGGGAAUGAAAUCUGUCAGGAUGGACACAAACUUCACUGGUUCAGAACUGGACCAGACAGCGUCCAUCCCAGCUUCGUUUACACUCAUGAUGAGUGUAAAGAUAACUCCAUGCAGAAAUGCAUCGACACCUUCUCGUCAGCUCCUACAAUGGAGCUGAACGUCAGCUCCUCCAAUGCUGGAACUUACUUUUGUGCUGUGGCCACAUGUGGGAGAAUUUUCAUGGGAAAUCCAAUAAAAGUCAACCCUGAAGGGUGUGAUUCAAACACAUGCUCGAUUCUAAAAGAUGUUAUCUUUGUCUUGAGUGCUGCUUUGGCUUUAAGUUUCAUCAUGUCAGCCUUCCUCAUCAACACGAUCAGGAAAAAAAACAUUUUUUGCUACAAAGCUGGUCCACAAACACCCGAUGAAACGUCCAGUCACAUCCAGCAGACAGAGGAGGCCUCUUUGGUUUAUUCCAUGCCGACCAUCGUCACCAGGAAAACAGGCAACGCCAGGCAGACAAAUGUGAGGGCAGCAAAAGAAUUUAGCACGUACGCUGACGUCUGUCUUCGUAACUAAAUCCUCCUGUUUUGAUACUGCUACCAGGUAUUAUUUUAAGAGCUGUAUUGUGUUUUAAAGUAACCUGGCAACAGCAAUAUAAUAA